UAGUCACAGAGAAUUUGUCCCACAUUGUUACAAUUACACUUACACCCGUAGUCGCCAUGAGUUCCUCCCGCAAAACCGUCGCAAUUUCUGGGCGAAAUAAGCGAGAAACUGAAAAUUCUCGUGUCAAUAUCAAUGUGGUGCAGCUGGAAGGCUUGGCAUUGAUGAAAAUCAUCAAGCACUGCCAUGAGGAAGGUGCCGGCAACACAGACGUGGCUCAGGGUGUCCUGCUUGGCCUGGUCGUGGACGAGAGGCUUGAGAUCACAAACUGCUUCCCAUUCCCACGCCAUGCUGAUGAUGUCGAUGAAGAGGAUUAUCAGCUGGAAAUGAUGAGGCAUCUGCGCAAAGUCAACGUAGACCACCUUAGUGUUGGCUGGUACCAGAGCACACAGCUUGGUAACUUCAUCACCACACAGCUCCUUGAGUCUCAGUUUUCCUACCAGACAAGCAUUGAAGAGUCAGUCGUUCUCAUCUAUGACCCUAUCAAGACUGCCAGGGGCUUCCUCUCCAUCAAGGCAUACCGUCUGACCCCAGAGGCCAUUAACACUGUCCAGGAGCGUGAUUACACCCCUGAGGCCCUAAAGAAGGGAAGACUAGGCUAUGAGAAUCUCUUCCAGGAGAUCCGAUUAGUCAUAAAGAACUCUCAUCUCGUCAACACACUCAUGUGUGAAUUAUAUGAGAUGAUGCCCAGCAGCGAGGGUAUGCAGUUCCUUGACUUGGGCACAAUGUCGACACUUGACCGCCAGCUUAGGUGCUUAAUGGACUACGUGGAUGACCUCAGCCAAGAAGCCAACAAGUUCAACAACUUUCAGCGACAGAAUGCCAAGCAGUUGCAGGACAAGCACAAGUUCAUGCAGAAGAGGGCUGCAGAGAAUGCCCAGCGCCAGGCCCGUGGAGAGCCCCCUCUGCCUGAGGAGGAUGUUAGCAAGCAAUUCAAGCCCAUUGCUCCCCUGCCAAGACUUGAUGCUAUGAUCACCUCUGGACAGAUUUCGAACUACUGCAAGCAAAUUUCGCAGUUCUGCAGCCAGUCACUGGGCAAGCUGUAUGUGGCUAAGGCAUUGCAGAAUGAUAGGAAAUAAUAAGGAUUUGUGCUAAUUUUUUCACUUUUUUUUGUCUUUUUUUAUUUUUAUUUUUUGAGAAGAGGAACUUGAAGAAACUGAAUAAAAAAAACAUAACAUGAUGACUGAGA